CGGCGGCGGCGGCGGCGUCUGGAGCAACUACUGCUUCCCUGAAGCUCCAGUCGGUUUUUCUGCUGAGCCUAGGUCACGGCCCCCACCCUCCCCGCCCCGUCGGUUGUUGUCUGGGCGGAUUUAAACAGUCAAGUUAAAUCGAGCUGGGUAAUCAUGGCAGAAGGUGGAUUCGAUCCCUGUGAAUGUGUUUGCUCUCAUGAACAUGCGAUGAGAAGGCUGAUCAAUCUGUUGAGGCAGUCCCAGUCCUACUGCACAGACACUGAAUGUCUUCAGGAAUUACCGGGACCCUCUGGUGAUAAUGGCAUCAGUAUUACCAUGAUCUUGAUGGCCUGGAUGGUUAUUGCAGUGAUCUUGUUCUUGCUGAGACCUCCUAAUCUAAGAGGAUCCAACUUACCUGGGAAACCAACCAGUCCUCAUAAUGGACAAGAUCCACCAGCCCCUCCUGUGGACUAACUUUGUGAUAUGGGAAGUGAAAAUAGCUAAAGACCUUGCACGACCAAAUGAACGAAGGCGACCAGAGUACUCUUAACCCCAGUAGAACUGUUCUUCCUUUUGCAUCUGCAAUAUGGGAUGAUACUGUUUUCAUGAGCUUUUAGAAAUUUCACUUGCGAGCUUAUUUUUGCUUCCUGUGUUACCACCAUUCCUAUUUACAGUAUAUUUGAGUAAAUGAUAUUAAAAAAGUUACAUGGGGCUUUUUUUGGAUCCUGAACCUAAACAUUCCACUCAUCCUCUUUAAAUGUAUCUUAAUUUUUGUGAUGAUUUCUGGCUUGAUUGAAGGAAAUUUGAGAUCUCUGCAUUUAAAUAUUUUAAAUAGUUUUGAUAGGCUUUAAAAUUGCUUUUUUGAACAAGAUAUUUAUAAAGUUGUUUGGGCUUGUCUGAGAUUGUAUGAAAGAAAAUACAGACCCAUACUGUAUUUACAGUUACCAUGAUAGUUCAUUUGUGGAUGCCUAUUUGCUCUUCUUAGGACUGUGGCAGCCUUUUGAGUAUUUUACAGGUUUUAGCUGAAAUCUAUACCAUCCACUACAACUGGCUUAUAUGACUAGUAUGGGAGAAGAAAUGAAAUGGUUGCUUACUGAGUUUUUUACUCCCAUUAAAAAAUGUUAAGAAAACUUUAAACAAACAUGAUUGAUCAAUAUGGUGGAUGUUAACAGUCCAUUAUAUGACACUUGUGAUCCACUGUACACUAGCCUUAUGAGGGUUCAUGAAAGGAGGAGAAAAAUUAACUCUUUCUGCCUUUGCCAGGUAUAAUCGAUGCAGUAAUAAUUUAAGCUAUAAUUUAUUGUUAAAACUAGUGCCUCUCAGGAAGCUUUUUGUCUGUCUAACACUUCGCUGUUAGAAUGAAACUCUUUUAAAGCUAUACUGGGG